CAUUCGCUGCAUUUAGUUAGCGUAAGUGUAAUUCGUACGAAGGAUCGUGAAGCGAUGAGUUGCGGUGAAUAUUUACGAAUUGAUAACAAAAAAUUGUAAUUGUGAAAAGAAAAGAAGUUAAGGAAUAGAUGGCGUGUGAAAUAAUUUUUGAUAAGAUAGUGGAAGCGAACCCUUUCUUCAACUUGGAGCCAGUUUGAAAGGUCGCACGACAUUUGAAUAUGAUAAAUCAAACGUCGGAGGAAUUGAUCACAACUGCACCAGCUAGUGCAGCAAAACCAUCAAAUCAAAACUCAAAACCACAGAAAUUAAAAGCUAGAACGUUCGGUUUUCUUUGGAAGCGUGAUUCACAGCGUGAAAACGCACUAAAAAAGGAAGAGAAUCAGAAGAAAAAGGAAGACUUGGUACAAGUCAAAAUCGUCGAGAGCAAAGCAAAGAAUGCUCUCUCCAAUAAAACGUCUUUUCAAUUUUUCAAGAAUAUCAAAAAACACAUGCAAAUCAAAAAGUUUACAACACGUAAAUCCAAGCAAAAGACGAAAGAAAUAGAAGCAUCUAGCUUACAGAAUGAUACAAACUGUGAUCCAUUAGCACUUCAGAAGAAUGAAUCUACAAUUUCCACAGAAGAGAAUAAUGUGUCUGAAACUAAUUGUGAAAAUGCUGGCAAAAAUUCUGAAAUUAUAAGCAGCAAUGAAACUUCAACUGCCACGGAAGUGUCACAAAAUGAAUGUAUCUCAGAAAGUCUAAAUGAAAAUGUAGAAAAUUAUUCUGACACUGAAAAAGAGUCAGAAAUAAUUAAUUCACAAACUACUGAUAAUCUAGAAACAGACAAUAACCAUGAAAAUGUCCCCAACGUGUAUCAAUCAUGCUCUUAUAAUGAAACACAACACUUGCAAUCCAGAAUAACAACAAAGAAUAAUGUAGCAGAAUAUCAAGUGGAAAACAUUGAAGAAAGUACAGAGGCUAAUACAUACAAUGAUAAUAGAAUAAAAGCAAGCCUUACAGAGGAGUUACUUAAGUUAAGUAACUAUGGAUGGUAUUGGGGUCCAAUAUCAGGAAAUGAAGCUGAUACCAAACUUAUAUCAGAACCAGAUGGUGCAUUCUUAGUUAGGGACUCUUCAGAUGACAGAUAUGUCCUAACACUUAGCUUUAAAUCAUCUGGCAAAUUACUCCAUACUCGUAUGGAACAUAGUGGUGGUUUAUUUUCUUUAUGCAACCAAAGUGAAAGUGAAGCAUUUAGUUCAGUGGCUGAUUUAAUUGAUCAUUCAAUGAAUGAUAGUCAAUCAGGUGUUUUCUGUUAUUCACGACCUAAGUAUCCUGGUCAUCCAUCUUUUCCUGUUAGAUUAACAAAACCAGUAAGCAGGUUUACUCAAGUUCGAAGUUUGCAAUAUCUUUGUCGUUUUAUUAUACGUCAAAAUACUAGAUUAGACAAUAUUGAUAAGCUGCCUUUACCAAAAACUCUUAAAGAUUACAUUAAAGAAGCUCACUAUUAA